CUUUGGACAUUCUUUUUUAAAUUUUGAAUGUUUUGAAAAGAAUUACGUUUAAACUGUAAAUAAUUAAACAAAAUUUCUAAUUACCAGUAAUUACUAUCUGUAGUGCGAUUGAAGACUUUUUUUAACCGCUCCGUAUUUUUGGCUAAAAUAUAUUUUAUUAUAAAAAAGAUGAGUAUACUGGCACAAGUGUUGGAAUCUGCAAAGGCAGUUGAUGCAGAUUAUAUCAAUAAAAAAGUUCCAGAACUUAAACAAACUCUGGAUUCUUUUCGAAAUGAGGUAGUGACCGCUGUUGAAAACGUAUAUACGAAGUAUAGCAAGAAGUCUAGAUCCAAUGAUGCUUUAUUACAAAAGGUUAUACAGGCCCAACAAAAUUUAAGUGUAUUAAGGGAAAAAGCUGAUUAUGUAUCAAAGGAUCUGGAAAAAACAAAUACAGAACUAUAUAAGAAUGUUGAAGAACUCGAAAGUAUUGAAUUCUCUUUAAAAGUAAUAGAAAACUUACAAGUUAUUUUGAAUUUGAUCCAAGAAUUUAAUUCAGAAUUUGAUAGUAAAAAUUUUACUAAAUGUGUAAAAGUUCUAACGAAGUUGAAGAGUAUUUUAUAUGAAAUUCCACCUGAUGAAAGCUUAGAUGUCAUAAAUGUUUUGAGGCAAACUUAUAAAGAGAAAGAACAAUGGUUUCUAAAUGGUCUUAAAAAUGUCUUUACAGAUAAUAUUGAAGUACAGGAAAACCAGGAUCAAACAGUAGUUUUGAAAAUAAAGAAACAAAACGACACUAUCAGCAGUGCUAUGAAAGCCUUGUAUGAAUUUACUGAGCACAUUGAACACUUAAAUUAUGUGAUUAAACAACUAUGGAAUGCAGUGUUGGUUCCAGUUGUUAACAGUCAAAUCACAUUAACUGAAUCUAAAGAUUCUUCAUUUGUAUGGUUGACACUUAAAGUGCAAGAUGCAGAAAAGAAAUCACAUUAUAAAAAAGUAUUUAAAAAUUUAAAAACGGUAUUUCAGUUCCUUUUCAAAAAUUUUAAUUAUGAAGUUGGCGAUAAUUUGACGUCUUUAAGCUAUAUUGGAAAUGAUAUAAGGCAUAAUUUAUCUGAACUGAUUAUAAAGAAUUGCCUUAGAGAUACAAUACCUUCAAAUGUUGAGGAGCUCGAGAAAUAUAAAAUUGUUAUUGAAGAUACUCAUCAGCUUGAGGAUGUUUUGCUGGAUACAAAGAUAUUUGAUAAAGAUACAUCAUCAAUCUUGGAAUAUGCCAGCAAUAUUGAUGUAUUAUUUAUUAACAAGAAAUGUGAAGAGUAUUUACAAAAAGCUACUGAAAUUAUGAAAAAAGACCUUCAUGAUAUGGUAGAAGUAGGUGUGCCUUAUGACCCUAAUUCUCCAUUAGGACAUCAUCUUCAAGAUUUUCCUCAAUGUUCCAUAUCAAAGAAUGUUCAAGAAUUAUUAAAACUAUGUGAAAAUAUUCUUCGAGAAGCAUUAAAUGCCGCACCUGAUUGUAGUGGACGACUGUUUGUUACCGUAUCAAAUAUCAUUAUAAAAUAUCCUAUAUUUGUUUCCGAUUACCAUAAACAUUACUUGGCAACUUUGCCGCAACAAAUUGCUCUCUUUUAUAACAAUUGUAAUUUUAUUUCUCAUACUUUAAGAGAAUGGAACACGGUUUAUUGUUCUAAAUUGGUUAAUCUGUUAAUUACUUGCGAUUUUAAUAGCGAAGCAACCCAACUGCCAAUAAUUGCUGUUGAAAUAUUUAGUAACUAUAUUGAUGGGCAAAUCAAACUAAUCGAUGAAAUAAUGUCUGGCGCUCAAUUAGAUGGAUCUACAAUUGAGAAAGUUGAUCCAAAAACAGAGAAAUGUGUCCGGCAAUGUUUGAGACAACAAGAAUUACUUAAAACAGUUUGGCACAAAGUAUUGUCAUAUAAUAUUUACAACAAACAUAUCGGGUCCAUUGUAGAUAGUUUAUGCAAAAAUAUUAUAAAUUCUAUUAUUAAAUUUGAGGAUAUUCCUGCUACUGUUGCUGAAGAGUUGGUAGACAUAAUUAAAUUAGUGCUUACCAGAGCUCCAAAGUUGUUUACAAAUCCGCGGGAAAUUACCCUGUUUGUACCACUAUGGUACAAACUUAAUGAGGUUAGUUUUGUUUUAAAUGCCAGUUUAGUGGAAAUUAGUGAUAGAUGGGCUGAUGGAAAAGGACCACUCGCGAUGCAGUUUGAGGCCGCAGAGUUAAAAAAACUCAUAAAAUCUCUUUUUCAAAAUACAGAUAUAAGAGCUGCAAUAUUGACUAGAAUUACCGACAUAAAAAUCAAAUCGUAACUAGGAGGUAGUAACGACAAUAUUUUAUUUUGAAAUAUGUAAUAAUUAUGUAAACUUUUUUUAUAAAUCUAAUACUGUCAUAUGUUUAUAUUAAUAUAAUAAAAUAUUUAUAUUUUUAAAAGUCAUUUGUAUUGUCUCAAAAAUUGUGGGAAGAUAUUUAUUCAGCAAGUUGUAUAAAUGGGGAAAUAAGAUGGGCAUAAAUCAAAAUAAAAUAUCUACUUGUAUUGCUACAAAUUGGCGACGGAAAGAAUAUACUUUUUUAUAAUCAUCCAGAUAAGUAUAUUAUAAUAAGAACAUUUUGCGAAACUUUUGAAAAACAUAAUUAUGUGAGUGAGAUAGAUUUGCAAGGAUUUUAAACUAUGUUGACAAGGUGACAAGGUGUUUGUGUACACUUUUGUGUACUUGGAUUAAAUACACUUGGAUACUGCCAUAUGUUUGUAUGGCGCUGUAUGUACCGGGUGUCCCACU